AUACCAGUAUAUAUCUCGCUCACUCUUAAGCCCUGAGGCGUAGCAAGUGACAAGCAUACACCAGGCAGUCUGACUGUUUGAGAUUGCGAGCCGUGCUCACUGUGUCGAGUUCUCCCCAGAACCACCACCACCACCACGUACGUACCCAUGGAGGAGAAGGGUGCGCUGCCGCCGGCGACCAGCUCCUCCACCACUUGCAGCAGCGGCGCCUCCGGCCCCGGCUCCCCUGUCGCGACGUCGUCUUCUGACGAGUCGAGCGGCGGCGUCGUUGCUGCCGCGGGCGGCAGGAAGCGGCCGCGGCGGGACCUGAAGCACCCGACGUACCGCGGCGUGCGCAUGCGGGCCUGGGGGAAGUGGGUGUCGGAGAUCCGCGAGCCCCGGAAGAAGUCGCGCAUCUGGCUCGGCACCUUCGACACCGCGGAGAUGGCCGCGCGCGCCCACGACGUCGCCGCGCUCGCCAUCAAGGGCCGCGCCGCCGCGCACCUCAACUUCCCGGAGACCGCGCACCAGCUGCCCCGCCCCGCCACCGCCGCGCCGGAGGACGUGCGAGCCGCGGCCGCGCUCGCCGCGCAAAUGGACCGAGCACUGGACGCGGACGCCGUCGAGGACACGGACACCAAGGUCGAGGAGCCAGCGCCGGCACCUGCAGCCGCAGCGCACGCGUUGCCGGAUGACGACAUUCUUGACCUCGCGCUCUUCGACCUGCCGGAGUUCCUGCACGAGUUCGGCUUCGCGUUGCCUCCGUCGACGUAUGAUGCGUACUCAUGGCACGACGUCGGGGCCGACGACUUCCGGUUCGAGCCGGCGCCGUUGCUGCUCUGGGAGCACUAACGAUCCGUGUCGUGUGACGAGCAGCUACGGACCGGGCCGGCAACACGCGGCAUGCAUGUCAGUUCCAAGUUGGGUUUAUGGUGAUCUGCAUGCGGCGUGUUACCGAGCACACUGGUAAAAUCGACUCCUGUGUGGUGUACAAACAAGGACAACUGCAAUAGAAUCGCAGGCUAAAGAUAGUUUGUGGAUUCAUAUCUUCUUAAAACUGAAUAAAGCUCAUCUACUUUACA